GGGCGCGCUUCUCAGCUACCAACCCUGGCUGUGCCAAACAGUAUAAAUCAAUGUUCAAGAAAGCGUUCGGAGUAUCGAUAAGGAACUGACGCCAUGAAGACUUCACAGCAGUUUUUAUUUUGAACAGAGAAUUAACUGUUUUAAUAUAUGCGUAAUGACCAAGUGGUAGAUGUGGAUAUCCUGUAGCCCAUAAUCCCGACGGCGAAGACCGUGCGCCUGUAGACUACACGACUGGAAUCGAAAGGCAGAUUCUCUUCGAAACGCCCUCAGUCCGAGGGAGGGGAGUAAGAGGUAGCAUUCUGGUGACAAAGAGGACCAUACAACGGCGACCGAGGUUGAAGAUUGCGGUGGAUCAGGGCCAGCGCCAGGCGGGUUGUUUGUGAUUAACUGCUGCUGUGGAACUGGGGUAUGGAGAUGUUGCGUCGCUCCUCAGUAUUCGCGGCUGAAGUGAUGGAAGUAUUUGACCGCUCCCCCACAGACAAGGAGCUGGUGUCACAGGCCAAGGCUCUAUGCAGGGACUACAUCCAUUCCAGGCUGAACCGAACCGGGAUAGGGUGGUCCAAACCCGAGCAUCAGCUGUCAGCAUCUGGUGGGAUGCUUGGAGAGGUAUCCUCUGUCCUCAUGUGGUUAGGUGAUGAGUUGGAGUACCUGCGGCCCAACAUCUACCGUAACGUAGCUCGUCAGCUGAACAUCACCGUUGCGUCUGAGAGCGUGGUGUCUGAUGCCUUCCUGGCUGUGGCUGCAGAGAUCUUCUCCACCGGUAUAACAUGGGGGAAGGUGGUAUCCCUGUAUGCGGUAGCCGGUGCCCUGGCGGUGGACUGCGUGAGGCACGGUCACCCUGCCAUGGUCCACACCAUCGUAGACUGCAUGGGGGAGUUUGUCCUCAAGAGCCUGGUCUCCUGGUUGAAGAGGAGAGGAGGAUGGGCUGAUAUCACAAAGUGUGUGGUGAACACAGACCCCAGCUUCCGCUCCCAUUGGUUGAUGUCUGCUGCCUGUGCCUGUGGACAUUACCUGAAGGCCAUGGUGUUUUACCUGCUCCGGGACAAGUGACAACGGAGGAGGAAGGUCACAGACACACGAUGAGCAGUCUGCACUAUACGAAAACAGCCACCCCCAUCCAUCAGUGGAGUACAGGACAAGCAAGCCUGGUCCCAGAUCAUUUUGUGCUCUUGACAACUCAAGUGAUGUCAUUGUCAAGCCAAACAUGUUUGACAUGACAAUGAGUGACAAGGAGUUGCUCAAACAGACUGGUACUUAAAGCCAGCCAGCCAGCCUCCCUCCCCUUCCUCUGUCCCUCUGUCUGAGCUGCAGCCAUCACUGCUCUAGCGUCUAGAUAUGUUGUUGUUUACACCUGCAGAAGUUUGCUCCAACACAGGCGAGCACCUUGGGCCUUCACAAACGCACUGGCCUGGAGCAUCAAUGUGAAUUAGCCUUGUCUGCUUCGAACAAACUUUAGGGUAUUUAUUAUUUAGCUUGACAGCAAUAUUUUGACGUGCAGUACAGAUCCUCCAGCUGGAUUGUGAGGUAGGAGUCUAGUCAUAUAGAUCUAUAGAAUGCCACCCAUCAACCAUUGACUUGAAUGUGAAUGUCCUUUCUACUCAUUCUAUUUCUGUAUUUGUUUAUCUUCAGUUACAUCCGAGAGUCACAUUCCUUGCUUUUAAAGAAAAUGUAUUGAACUAGGCAAGUCAGCUUAAGGACAUUUUCUUAUUUACAAUGACGGCCUACCCCGGACAACACUGGGCCAAUUGUGCGCCGCCCUAUGGGACUUCCAAUCACGGCCGGUUGUGAUACAGCCUGGAUUCGAACCAGUGUGUCUGUAGUGACACCUCUAGCACUGAGAUACAGUGCUACCCAGGAGCUUGCUUUAUGCUUGCAUUACUCAUGGGCAAAUAUUCCAUUUAAAGCAAUGGAAGAUUUCUAUAAAUUUGAGUUUCUGUUCUGCACAUGUCAAGCAAAGGGGAUAUGGCCCAGACAGUGUGCCUGUAAAUAAACCAGUAUUUUCAUCCAGGGGUCAUACUCUCCCUGGUGGCUGAAAAUAAGAAUGACCAGAACCCCUUUUUGGUGACGAUUUGAAAAGGAAAAUUGUGAAAUCAUUCAGAAUUCCUCAGUUUGGAUGUAAAUAUCGUUUAGUUUCUUAGGUUUGUCUGCAUGCUCCACGUAGUUGAUGAGUGUGUGAAUUUACACAAUCUGGGUGAAUAAGUGUGUGUGUGUGUAUAUAUAUAUAUAUAUGACUGUUUUUGUAAAAUAUUGUGCAAUUAUGGAUCAUUCUAUCACCUGAAACUUGAAUCCCAUUCAGACAUUUUGUCUGUUUUCUACAAAUUAUUUGUAUUCUGUGAAUAACUACACAGUAGCAAAUACGUACACUGUAUUUGGCAUGCAGCACUGAGUGUCUUCAGAAAUAAAAUGUUUUACAUUUCAA